AUGACUUGGCGAAAAUCAUUCGGGAAUAUCCUGAGAUUUUCCCGGACGACUUGCCAAGUGGAAUGCCACCCGAACGACCUCAGGACCACAAGAUCGAGUUGGAGCCUGGCGCGCAGCCUACUGUACGCACGCAAUGGCGCCUGACUCAGCCGGAGCUACAAGAAUUACGGAACCAAUUGGACUACCUGCUGGCGAAAGGGUUCAUUCGGCCAAGCACGUCACCGUUCGCAGCACCGAUCCUGUUCACCCCAAAAAAGGACAGCGGACUUCGCAUGUGUGCGGACUAUCAUGUCCUUAAUCGGGUAACGAUAAAAUCGCGCUACCCAAUCCCAUGCACGGACGAACUGAUCGACAACCUUCGCGAAGCUCGCUAUUUUUCGAAGAUCGAUCUUCGCGGUGGUUACCAUCAAAUUCGGGUGUUCGCUGAUUACUGCCACAAGACUACGUUUCGUACUCGCUACGGGAGUUACGAAUACACGGUGAUGCCGUUUGGAUUAACGAACGCCCCCUCGACGUUCCAACUCACUAUGAACGGGGUAUUCCGCGAUCUACUCGACAAAUGCGUGAUAAUUUACCUGGACGACAUCCUGAUCUACAGCAAGACCCGCGAGCAACAUUUAGAAGA